GUCUCGGAUCAGGCAGUACGCUGGGCGCCUAUGUCACGUGCCUUGCUGCCGGCCCCGCCCCUUCCGGGCGUCGCGGAAGCGCCGGCAGGCAGGAAGGUCCCCAAGGAGGCGGGUCUUCCUAGUGGAAGCCUGCGGCUGAGUUUGGGAGGGCUGGACCGCUACCUUUCCUUAGGGAGUACGGCCCGAGGCUCCUUCUCGUCUUUCCGCCCACGAGGGGACGCAGCGCUCUGAAAGUAAGGGAGCCGCGGUUGCGGCUGCGCCUGUGUUUCUUAAUGUCCUAGAGGCGUGAGGUCGGCUUGGUCUUCACGCCUACCUGGGCUGUCCUCCCGGCCCGCCCUCACCAUAGGGAUUAGCGUAGGAUGCAGGUGAAUUGUACUUCGGCUUACUGCAAAUUGUAUGCUACUGAUGGGAACUAUUAAAGGUUAUAAUGUCAGAAACGUUCCUUAGACCAAAGGUGUCUUCCACAAAGGUAGCAGACUGGGUAGCUCCAUCCUUUGACGACCUCACAGCGACUACUGCCGUCACUACUAUCACUGCUUCAUCUUUAGCUUUGAAUAAUUCCAGUCACAGACGAGGAAAUCUGCCCUCUACAUUAGAAAGUAACAGAGUGCCCACUAGAAGAAAAGGAAAACUGUGUUUAGAACAGACUUAUGGUCUAGAAACUUCAAAAGAACAUCUGUCAGAUGAAGAGCCAUGGGUGGAUAAAUACCAACCAGAAACUCAGCAUGAACUUGCUGUGCAUAAAAAGAAAAUUGAAGAGGUUGAAACCUGGUUAAAAGCUCACGUCUUAGAAGUGAAGCCACAGCAGGGUGGGUCUGUUUUAUUGAUAACAGGUCCUCCGGGAUGUGGAAAGACAACUACUGUAAAAGUACUAUCAAAGGAACAUGGGAUUCAAGUACAGGAGUGGGUUAAUCCCAUUUUACCAGACUUCCAAAAAGAUGAUUACAAGGAGUUACUUAAUUUAGAAUCAGCCUUCUACGUAGUUCCAUACCAAUCUCAGACAGCAGUCUUCAAUGACUUUCUGUUAAGAGCCACCAAGUAUAGCAGACUGCAGAUGCUUGGGGAUGAUCUGACAACGGAUAAGAAGAUAAUUCUGCUUGAAGAUUUACCUAACCAGUUUUACCGGGACUCUCAGGCAUUGCAUGAAAUUAUAAGGAAAUAUGUGCAGAUUGGCCGGUGUCCUCUUGUAUUUAUAAUCUCUGACAGUGUCAGCGGAGAUAAUAAUCAGCGCUUACUUUUCCCCAAGAAAAUUCAAGAAGAGUGUUCUAUUUCAAACAUUAGCUUCAACCCAGUGGCACCAACAAUUAUGAUGAAAUUUCUUAACCGAAUAGUGACUAUAGAAGCUAGUAAGAGUGGAGGAAAAGUUGUUGUUCCUGAUAAAACUUGCCUGGAGCUGCUCUGUCAAGGGUGUUCUGGGGAUAUCAGAAGUGCAAUAAACAGCCUCCAGUUUUCCUCUUCAAAAGGAGAGAACAAUUUAUGGUCAAAGAAAAAAAGAAUGUCAUUGAAAUCGGAUGCUGUGAUAUCAAAAGCAAAGCAAAGAAAGAAACAUAAUAGUGCUUUGGAAAAUCAAGAGAUUCAAGCUAUUGGUGGAAAAGAUGUUUCUCUUUUUCUCUUCAGAGCUUUGGGGAAAAUUCUGUACUGUAAAAGAGCACCUUUAACAGAAGUAGACUCACCUCGCUUGCCCGCUCACUUGUCGGAGCAUGAGCGGGAUACGUUACUCGUUCAGCCUGAGGAAAUAGUAGAAAUGUCACACAUGCCAGGAGACCUUUUUAAUUUAUACCUUCACCAAAACUACGUAGAUUUCUUCGUGGAAGUGGAUGAUCUUGUGGGAGCCAGUGAGUUUCUGAGUUUUGCAGAUCUCCUCGGUGGUGACUGGAAUACACGCUCUUUACUCAGGGAAUAUAGUACAUCUCUUGCUACCAGAGGUGUGAUGCAUUCCAAUAAGUCCCGGGGAUUCGCUCAUGGCCACGGAGGAGGAUCAAGCUUUCGACCCUUACACAAACCUCAGUGGUUUCUAAUACAUAAAAAGUAUCGGGAAAACUGCCUUGCAGCAAGAGCACUCUUUGUUGACUUCUGCCUGCCAGCUUUGUGUCUUCAGACUCAGCUCUUGCCAUAUCUUGCUCUGCUGACCGUUCCAAUGCGAAAUAAAGCUCAGAUUUCUUUUAUCCAAGAUAUUGGAAGACUCCCUUUGAAGCGAAACUUUGGAAGGUUGAAAAUGGAAGCCCUGACUGACAGAGAGCUGGGGCUGAUGGACCCUGACAUCGGGGAUGAGUUCCAGCGCGAUGGAGGAGAGCCUGCUCAGAAAGCUCAGAGUGAACCCUCUCAGACUGCUGAACCAGAAACCUGGUCUCCCCCUUUGAGUCAGAACAGUGGGAGUGAGCUGCCUGCCAGCCAGCCUCAGCCCUUUGCCUCCAAAGUGGACAUGGAAGAAGAAGAAGAAGAAGACAUAGUAAUAGAGGACUAUGACAGCGACGAGGCAUAGAAACAGCCUGCCAGCCAUUG